AUGGUGGACCAAGUCACACGGAUCACACGCGAAGGCUGGGGGGAGCGCCUUGGAGGGUCGUUCAAAGGAAUCAUCGUCGGAAUCUUGAUGGUUUUCGGCGGCAUUGGACUCUUGUUCUGGGGGGAAGGAAGAGCUGUCAAACGAGCCAAAGCCUUGGCGGAAGGCUCCGCGGCCGUGAUCACCGUGGCUGCAUCGGGGCCGAGCUCCGGCAACGAAGGCAGCCUGGUGCACUUCACCGGCCAAACCGACGCCUUUGAACCGGUCAACGAUCCGGUCUUCGGCGUUCAAUCCGACGCCUUGAAGCUACAUCGCCGAGUGGAGAUGUACCAGUGGCACGAGGAAAAAGAAUCGAAAAAAAAGAAGAAUACGGGCGGCAGCACCGAAACCGUGACCACCUAUAGCUACAAGAAGAAGUGGUCGUCUAAAGUCAUCGAUUCAGGCCGUUUCGAGGAGCCUUCCGGUCAUCAGAAUCCCUCGUCCAUGGCCUAUUCCAGCCAAAGCUUCGCCGCCGAUCCCAUCGUCAUCGGGGAUUGGAUGCUCGGCUCUCGAUUUGUCGGCAAGCUGAGCAAGACCGAAGCUCUCAGGGUCGGCGAGACGGAGCUGGAUAGAGCUACCGAAAAGGUACGCCAGUCGGCGAUCGUCGCCAACGGCGGCUUCUACAUCGGUGACGAUCCCAGCUCCCCGGCGAUCGGCGAUUUGCGGAUUCGUUUCGAUACCGUGUCCCGGGCCGAG